AUGACGUCACAGCGGAGCGCAAGCGAUGAUGUCGUAAAGCGCGAUCGUGACGUCACAGGUGUGCGGGUGGGGCAAGAGAUCGGUGACGUCAUCAAGCGCGGUGGUGACGUCACCAAUGGAGACGGGAGCGCGACGGGAGGAGGUGAUGACAUCGAUGACGUCAUCGAUGAGAUCAUCAGCCUCGAGUCCAGCUACGAGGACCUGCUGAGCUUUGGCCCCGCCGAGCCGCCCCUCCCCCUCCCCAGCACGCUCCCGGCCCCAGGGCCCCUCCUGGAGGUUUUCAGCCCCCCCCAGGGCGGGAGCAGCUCCUGCCCGGCCGAGCUGCCCCGGGUCAAGGCCGAGAUCUCCGAAACGGAGGCCAAGGCGCUGCUGAAGGAGCGGCAGAAGAAAGACAACCACAACCUCAUCGAGCGGCGCCGGCGCUUCAACAUCAACGAUCGGAUCAAGGAACUGGGGACCCUGAUCCCCAAAUCCAGCGACCCGGAAAUGCGCUGGAACAAGGGCACCAUCCUGAAGGCGUCGGUGGAUUACAUCCGGAAACUGCAGAAGGAAACGCAGCGAGCGCGGGAGCUGGAGCUGCAACAGCAGCGGCUGGAACAGGCGAACCGAGGGCUCAGGAUGAGGCUGCAGGAACUGGAGCUCCAGGCCCAAAUCCACGGGCUCCCCCUGAGCCCCCCCAUGGCUGAGGGGGGGUCCGAGGAGGUUCCGGGGGGUCCCCAAUUCCCUCCUGGGGGUCCCCCCGUCCCCCCGGCCCUGCUGGAGCUUCCACUGGGGCUGGGGCUGCCCCUGGGGGGUCCCGAGGGGGGGUUCGAGGACAUCCUGAUGGACGAGGGUGGGGGGCUCUCCCCGCUGGGCCCCCCCGGAGCCCUCCUGGCCUCGCCGGGGCCUUCGCGAGCCUCCAGCCCCCGCAGCAGCCUCAGCAUGGAGGACGAGCCCUGAGGGGGGAUUUUGGGGACCCUCCCCCUGUUUUGGGGACCCCCCCGCCCUCCUUUUGGCCACUCUGGGUGGGCCCCACCGGGCGCCGCUUUAAGAGUCUCAAAGCGGCCACGUGCUUUUUAAUGGAGGUGCCGCCCCUUUAAGGCGCGUUGCCCUUUUAAGGCGCCUCCAGUAGGGACCACUCCCCCCUUAAAGGGGCCAGGCCGGGCGUGGCCCACUGGAGGGGGGAGCGGCGGCUCCUCAAUGUGUGGCCCCUUUAAGGCGCUGGCGUCGGGCCCCACCUGGGUGCGGCCCUUUGAAGCCCCGCCCCCUUCGCGAGGCCACGCCCUCUCACCCUGCCCCACCCAAUCGGCUCCUGAGGGCUGGCCCCUUGCGUGGAGCCCCGCCCCCUUUGCUGUCACUCACGUUAACCCCGCCCACCACUAACGCCUCGGGACCACGCCCCUUUUUAGAGCGCCCCCGCCCACCGGCCCCACUUAAA